AUGUCGACUUUCACGUUUUCCGCGAUUUAUUUCAUCUCGCUGGUUUUUGCCAUAGAAGCUAAUAAAUAUCUUAAAGAUAAACAGAAGAUAAACGUCGACGCAAACAAUCUCAUGUAUAAUGCAGCAAUCGGACGUCACUUUCGAAUGAUUAAAGUCCAAGAGAUUUGGAAUAAAGCCGAAAAGUUUAAAGCCCCGUCGAGGCUUGCCAUUCAAAAAAUCCCGUGGGCUGAAAUUUGUCAAGUCAUUGGAAAUGGCCAUUGUUUGGUAUUAUCUAAGACACCUAUUGCAAGGAAGUACGACUUGGGUGAAUUCUCCGAGAUGAACAAACUACAUAUCCCAGAUCCCCACAUGAACAGGGAGGCUACAAAAUUGAAGAGUAAACAUCUCAAGAAACUCUGGAAACAAGCUCAUUAUUCGGGUUUCACUGAUGAAGAGCUCAGUAAAUUACAGGAUGAAUUUCUGAAACACCAACAGAAACUCGAUGAAUAUGAACAGAUGAAGGAGAAACUUGCUGAAUUAGAAAGCAGUGAACAACAUUGA